AUGUCCUAUUCCAACAAAUAUACUUUCGCGGCAUUGCCGCGGACGCAACGCGGCACACCUUUAGUUUUAGGUGGUGACCCCAAAGGAAGGACCUUUUUGUAUACCAAUGGAAAUUCAGUGAUAAUACGGGAUAUCGAAAAUCCGGCCAUUUCGGAUGUAUAUACAGAACAUUCUUGUCAAGUGAACGUAGCUAAAUAUUCUCCAAGUGGAUUUUAUAUUGCUUCUGGAGACGCUUCGGGCAAAGUACGUAUUUGGGACACUGUUAACAAGGAGCACAUCUUGAAGAAUGAGUUCCAGCCAAUCGGUGGACCCAUCAAGGACAUCGCCUGGAGUGCCGACAACCAGCGGAUGGUCGUUGCCGGUGAAGGCAGAGAGAGAUUCGGUCAUGUGUUCAUGUCUGAGACCGGCACAUCGGUCGGUGAGAUUAGUGGCCAAUCCAAGCCCAUCAACUCCGUGGACUUCAGACCGGCGCGGCCUUUCCGCAUCGUCACCGCUUCUGAAGAUAACACUAUCGCAGUGUUCGAGGGACCUCCGUUCAAGUUCAAGUGUACCAAACAGGAGCACACCCGUUUCGCUCAAGCGGUCCGCUACAGCCCGGACGGCAGCUUAUUCGCGUCGGCCGGCUUCGACGGCAAGAUAUUCCUGUUCGACGGCGCCACCUCCGAGCUCAAGGGAGAGAUCGGCUCCCCGGCCCACAAGGGUGGUGUUUACGGUAUCUCCUGGUCUCCAGAUGGCAAACAGCUGUUGUCCUGCUCUGGGGACAAGACCUGUGCUAUAUGGGACGUUUCCACCAUGGAAAGGGUCACUUUAUUCAAUAUGGGGAGCAACGUGGAGAACCAACAGGUAUCUUGUCUAUGGCAAGGCAACAACCUUCUCUCGGUGUCUCUGUCCGGGGUGAUAAACUACCUGGACGUAGACAAUCCGGACAAGCCCAGACAGGUGUUGAUGGGUCAUAAUAAGCCGGUGACAUGUUUAGCCUUGAGACCGGACAGAAAGGCUGUUUAUACGGCUAGCCAUGAUGGAUGCGUCACUUGUUGGGAUGUUGAAACAGGUGAAGGUCAACACAUCACGGGCCAAGGUCACGGUAACCAAGUGAAUGGAAUGAGGGCCAGUAAAGACGGGGCUUUACUCAGCUGCGGAAUAGACGAUACUUUGCGUCGCGCUGCGCCUGCGGACGAAGGUGGUGUGCCAAUUUAUACGGACGUUGCUAUUCCCCUGGGUUCCCAACCGCGUGCGAUGGACCAUUUGAUUGAAGACGACACCACAAUCGUAGCUACGGUCAAAGAGCCGGCCCACAAUAAAGAAUGGGGCUUCCACACCGCCCGGGUGAACUGCGUCGCGUUCAGUCCGGACUCUACCCGGGUCGCGUCCGGAUCCCUGGACACUAGCGUCAUCAUAUGGAGCGUAUUGACCCCGGCCAAACAUACUGUCAUCAAGAACGCUCAUCCCCAGAGUCAGAUAACAGGAUUGGCGUGGUUGGACGAUGAAACAGUAGUGUCUGUCGGCCAGGAUGCCAACACUCGCAUCUGGACGGUGCCCAAAGCCUAA